CUGCUCUUCUUCUUUACUUUACGACUGCGAAAACGAUCUAAUUGAUACUCAUUGUGAUGGGCUGUGUUGCUGAAACCGAGAGAACUCUGUAUCCAUACGUAACUGGAUCCUCUGUAGUCGCUAUCAAAUACAAAGAUGGGAUUCUUAUGGCUGCUGAUAUGGGAGGUUCAUAUGGAUCUACCCUGCGGUACAAGAGUGUUGAGCGUUUGAAGCCUAUUGGAAAACAUUCUCUUCUUGGUGCUAGCGGGGAAAUAAGUGACUUUCAGGAGAUUCUACGCUACCUUGAUGAGCUUAUCCUUUAUGACAACAUGUGGGAUGAUGGGAACUCUCUAGGGCCUAAGGAGGUUCACAACUAUUUAACUCGUGUGAUGUAUAAUAGGCGCAACAAGUUCAACCCAUUAUGGAACUCACUUGUACUUGGUGGUGUGAAAAACGGGCAGAAGUACCUUGGCAUGGUUAACAUGAUUGGCAUUAAUUUUGAAGACAACCAUGUAGCAACCGGGCUUGGAAAUCAUCUUGCUAGGCCAAUUCUCCGUGAUGAGUGGCAUGAAAAUUUGUCCUUUGAAGAAGGUGUCAAGUUACUUGAAAAAUGCAUGCGCGUGCUUUUAUACCGUGAUAGGUCCGCAGUCAACAAGAUUCAGAUAUCUAAAAUUACUGAAGAAGGUGCUACUGUUUUCCCACCAUUCUCGUUGAAAACAUACUGGGAGUUCUCUGCUUUCAAGAAUCCAACAGUGGGUGCUGAAGGUUCAUGGUAGGUGGCUCCAUGUGAAAUGAAACGAAACAGAAUUUUAAAUGGAUAUGAAAUGGAUUCCAACAUUUCUCUUUAUUAUGUUAAAUGGAUAUGGAAUGAGUCAUCCUUCUGCAGUUAAAUUUAGAUUUGUUAUGUUUAUAUUUUUAUUGAAUUCUUAUGCUUGAUGGACUUGAUCUGUUUUUCAGCAGAAUUUCUA